AUGGAUUAUGACGAGGAGCUAAAGGACACUCUUCAGAGUGACUUAUUUGAAUCGCAUUCUUCGUACUUGGCUCUUUUAUCCUUUCUUAUUCUAAUUUCUUUUGGCCUACACAUUUACACAUACAACACUGCCAAUGCUAUUGCCAAUUUAGCUCUGGGCAUUGCUCUGGGCUCAGCCUACUCGCUUGUUCUGUUUAUAACCGUAUUCAAACACCCUAAAAUAUGGUUAUCUUCCACUUCCAAGAAGCUUGAGCUGGUACUAAUUUUGUACGAUAUUGUUUUAUCCCUGUUCAUGUUUUCCGUUUUAAACAAAGUUUGGAAAUCCCCUUCAAACACCAAUACUGACAAUCUUCCCACUUGGUACUACAAUGAAAUUGCUCUAAAUAAGCAAAACAUUUGGAUGCCUUUCACAGGUACUUAUACCUAUUGA